UGUUCAAUCACUGAACCUUUGUGUUAAAUGUUGAAGACUUAAAAAACAAGAUUAUGUUUUGAAGUUUGAUCUGACACCUCUGUACAGAGCAUCAUAUAACAUCCACAUUAUUCUUAGAGUUCCUGAACGUUUCCGUGACUAUUACUACAGUAACCGGCAACUACAGCUUGAUUCAGAUCUCUUAUGGAAUGGAAUCAUACCAAACUUUUCUAGCUCAGAUUGCAGGAUACUUCAUCGUGGAGGAUCAAUUGAUUAGAACAGCUGGAGACUUCUUAUUGGUUGAUUUUUUUUAUUACGUUGAUCAAAACAUAUGAUCCAAGUAAUGAGUUAUGCAAUAGAUAGAUUGUGUGGACCUAAAGACUCUUUUGUCUUAAAAGUUGCCUUAUCCAAAUGUGAUAUUAACACAAACCCUGAAACUUUCAACCUCUCAUAACAAAAAAAAAAUGGCGACCGCGUCUCUCGUCCCGACAUCAAACAUCUUCCAUGUCUCUCCGUCAGUUAGAACAAGAGCUAGCGUCAUUGUUGCAUCAUCUCAUCAACAACAACCAAGAAGGAGAGACUUACUGCUGAAAACAGCGGUGGCUAUUCCUGCGAUUUUGAACUUGAAGGAAGCUCCUAUCUCUGAGGCGCGUGAGGUGGAAGUGGGAUCGUUCUUACCACCUUCUGAGUCUGACCCUUCCUUCGUCCUCUUCAAAGCCAAACCUUCUGAUACUCCUGCUCUCCGCGCAGGGAACGUGCAGCCGUAUCAGUUUGUUCUACCACCGAACUGGAAACAGCUGAGAAUAGCCAACAUCUUGUCAGGCAACUACUGCCAACCGAAAUGCGCAGAGCCAUGGAUAGAAGUGAAGUUCGAGAACGAGAAGCAAGGCAAAGUUCAAGUAGUUGCAUCUCCUCUGAUUCGUUUAACCAACAAGCCAAACGCAACUAUUGAAGAUCUUGGUGAGCCUGAGAGAGUGAUUGCUUCUCUUGGCCCCUUUGUCACUGGAAACUCUUAUGAUUCUGAUGAGCUUGUGGAUACAUCAAUCGAAAAGAUCGGUGAUCAAACGUACUAUAAGUAUGUGUUGGAGACGCCGUUUGCGCUAACGGGAAGUCAUAACCUUGCAAAAGCGACAGCGAAAGGGAACACUGUGGUUCUGUUUGUGGUGAGUGCUACUGAGAAGCAAUGGCAGAGCUCACAGAAGACUCUUCAAGCCAUUCUUGAUUCUUUUCAACUGUAAAAUCAGAGUUAUUGUUAUGACUCUAAAAGAAACUAUAGAGCAAACGGUUUGUGUGUGAUUGUUUGUGUGUAGUACAAUAUAACGAGGCCAUUUCUUCA